GCUUUUCUAUUCUCCACUUUUCUCAGCUCCAAUUUUUUUAUACAUUUUUUUCAAUUACUAUACAAGUUUUGAUCUCGUCAUUGCUUAUUCUUUGUGGGGUUUUUGAGAUUUCUUGUUUUUUUUGGUCUUAGAAAGAUAAAGAUCAUAUUAUUUUUCAUUUGGGUGUUUUCUUGUUUGGGUAGUUUUGUUGGUUAUAGAAAGAAAAAAGAUGACAGUAGGAGCAGGAAUUUGUGUAGCUGAAAGGAAGCUUAAUGUAUUGGGGCAAAGCAUUCUAACUGAUGUUGAUGAAAAUAUUAUUGUUAGUCAGCCAAAUGGUGAAGCUUUCACUAAUGGGGCAUUUCUUGGUGUUAACUCAGACAGAGUUGGUAGUCAUAGGGUCUUCCCUAUUGGCAAACUACAAGGAUUGAGAUUUAUGUGUGGUUUCCGGUUCAAGUUAUGGUGGAUGACACAGAGAAUGGGUACAUCUGGCCAAGAUAUACCAUUUGAGACUCAGUUUUUGAUUGUGGAAGGAAAUGAUGGUUCAAAUUUUGAUCAAGACAACCAGCAAAAUUCAGCAUUGUAUGUUGUUUUCUUGCCUAUUCUAGAGGGAGAUUUUAGGGCUGUUCUUCAAGGGAAUUCAAACGACGAGUUAGAGAUAUGUCUGGAAAGUGGAGAUCCUGCUGUGCAAGAUUUCGAGGGAAGCCAUUUGGUUUAUGUAGCAGCUGGACCAGACCCUUUUGAUGUCAUUACUAAUGCUGUCAAGACGGUGGAGAGGCAAUUACAGACAUUUUGUCACCGUGAUAGAAAGAAGAUGCCAGACAUGUUGAACUGGUUCGGAUGGUGCACGUGGGAUGCUUUCUAUACAACCGUUUCUUCAGAGGGAGUGAAGCAAGGACUAGAGAGUUUGGAGAAAGGAGGUAUUCCCCCAAAGUUUGUACUCAUUGAUGAUGGAUGGCAAUCAGUGAGUAUGGAUCCCAAUGGCAUCGAAUCCAUUGCUGAUAACCAUGCAAACUUUGCAAACAGGCUAACUCAUAUCAAAGAGAACCAUAAGUUUCAGAAAAAUGGAAAGGAAGGUCAUAGGGUUAACGAUCCUGCAAUGGGACUUCGACAUGUUGUUACCAAUAUCAAAGACCAACACAAUUUGAAGUAUGUGUACAUGUGGCAUGCACUUGCUGGUUACUGGGGUGGUGUGAGACCCGGGGUCCCUGGGAUGGAACACUACGAAUCCAAGUUAUCUUUCCCAGUUUCAUCUCCCGGGACUGAGUCACAGGAACCUGAUGAUGCUUUGAGCAGCUUGAUAAAGAACGGUCUUGGUCUAGUGAACCCUGAGAAAGUUUUAUACUUCUAUAAUGAACUGCACUCAUACCUUGCUUCUGCGGGUAUAGAUGGGGUUAAAGUAGAUGUUCAGAACAUCCUUGAAACACUUGGAGCUGGUCAUGGUGGAAGAGUAAAACUCGCAAGAAAGUAUCAUCAAGCAUUAGAGGCAUCUAUUGCUCGAAAUUUUCCUGAUAAUGGAAUUAUUUCAUGCAUGAGCCAUAGUAAUGAUAGUUUGUUCAGUGCAAAGCGUUCAGCUGUUAUAAGAGCAUCAGAUGAUUUCUGGCCACGAGACCCUGCAUCACACACAAUUCACAUAGCAUCAGUGGCGUACAACACCAUUUUCCUUGGUGAAUUCAUGCAGCCUGAUUGGGAUAUGUUUCAUAGUGUGCAUCCCAUGGCUGAAUACCACGGAGCAGCACGAGCAGUUGGAGGCUGUGCUAUUUAUGUCAGUGACAAGCCUGGACAGCACGACUUUAAUCUUCUAAAGAAGCUUGUACUUCCAGAUGGUUCCAUAUUACGCGCCAAACUUCCAGGAAGGCCAACUAGAGACUGCUUGUUUUCUGAUCCAGCAAGAGACGGGAUAAGUCUUUUGAAGAUUUGGAAUCUCAACGAUUUCAACGGAGUAAUCGGUGUAUUCAACUGUCAAGGUGCUGGAUGGUGUAAGGUUGGCAAGAAGAAUCUAAUCCACGAUUGUCAACCAGGGACGAUAACUGGGAUUGUUCGCGCUAUUGAUGUCAAUUACUUACCAAGGAUUGCUCAUGAUGGAUGGACUGGCGAUGCCAUUCUGUAUUCUCAUCUUCAUAGGGAAUUGAUCAAUCUUCCUAAAAAUGCUUCGAUUCCAAUCACUCUAAACGCGAGAGAAUAUGAAGUCUUUACAGUUGUUCCAAUCAAUGAAAUGUCUACAGGAUCAAGAUUUGCUCCGAUUGGUCUUGUGAAUAUGUUCAAUUCAGGAGGAGCAAUCAAAGAGCUGAAGUAUGAAACAGAGGGAAAAUGUGGAUUAGUUUCCAUGAAGGUUCGCGGAUGUGGAAUGUUUGGUGCUUAUUCAUCUGGGAAGCCUAAACGAAUACAAGUUGACAAUGAAGAAGUACAUUUUGAUUACGACGAAUCCUCUGGAUUAAUCACCAUUAAUAUUAGAGUUCCUGAUGAAGAAUUAUACCUUUGGGAUGUAAAAGUUGAAAUGUGAAAAGUGCAAGAUGAUCAUAAAUGGAUGAAUUGAAGACUUGUGAACUAA